GCAUAACCCAAUUAGAACCCUAAGAAGUCCAAACGCUGUUUUCGAGUCCAAUUUCUCGUUCCCUCUGCAUUGUGGAAUUCGAUCGGAGUUGCGAUCAAUGACGACACCACCGUCUUCCUCAUCGGCUUCGCAAUCGCAGUUUGCCUAUUCAAACCCUUCCUAUUUUCCCGUCCCCUUUCACCUGCAGCAGCCUGCAACUACUCAUUACGCUGCACCCUACGUCGCCGCCCCCUCCGUGCAAAUCCCCGCUCCUCCCGUCGUCGGCCCGGUUGCGCCGGCGCCGGUUCCCGCUGUAUACUCCGCCGUGCCGCAAUACCAGGCGCAGCAGCUAUUUGAAAGGGAUGCACAGAUAAUUACGCCGGAGGCUCUUGAGAAUGUUAAGGCAGCGAUUGCGAGCAGCGACGUGGAACACAAAACCGAUGCCAAAAGGAAAGCGGUUCCUCGCAAAGCUGCUGGCCAAUCAUGGGAGGAUCCCAUCCUCGCUGAGUGGCCAGAAGAUGACUAUCGGCUCUUCUGUGGUGAUCUUGGUAAUGAAGUGAAUGAUGAUGUUCUUUCAAAAGCUUUUUCCCGAUUUCCUUCCUUUAACAUGGCACGAGUUGUCAGAGAUAAGCGUACUGGUAAAACUAAGGGUUAUGGAUUUGUGAGCUUUGCCAAUCCUUCUGACCUUGCUGGUGCUCUUAAAGAAAUGAAUGGAAAAUAUGUUGGCAAUCGGCCAAUAAAACUACGCAAGAGUAAUUGGAAGGAGAGGACUGAUUAUGAAGCACUGGAGAAACAGAAGAAUCACAUUCAAAAGAAACCAAAAUUGUCCAGGAAAGGUGUGCUGCACAAGUAAAAAGGGCCAGAAUCUGUGUAAAUCAGGAAUAUGCAGUGAGGAAUUAAACUCAAUGUAUAAAAUUUGACUUCUGCAUAUUUUAAUGAAAAAUCUUAGAUUGUGUACACAUGUUGGCCCUUUGGGGAAAAGGGUAAUACAAUUUGAAGAUCCCAUCCGGCACAAACUGACUGCUGAAAACAGUGUUAUUUAAAUGGGAAAAUCUAACUAUGUAUGAGUUGAUGUGUCUUUUGGAUAUUUAUGCUAUACUAUGUUCACAUGUGAUAGCGUGGUGCUUUGAGUUU